GUGGCGGUGCCAAGGGAAGUAAGAUCGUAGUGACUACACGGAGCAAAUGGGUUGCUACAACUGUGGGCACAGUUCCUAUAUACAAUUUAGAGAGUCAUUCGGAUGAAGAUUGCCAUGAAUUGCUUUUGAAAUGGGCGGGUUGUCGUGAAAAAUUGGGGGAAGAACAUGAUGGGAUUGCGAAGCUCUCAGAAAUUGCAAAGGAAAUCGUGAAAAAAUGCCACGGAUGUCCUCUUGCAGCGAAGACUUUAGGUAACAGUCUGUUUAUGGAGACCGAUGAAAGUAAAUGGUUGGAUUUAAAAGAGAAAGAACUAUGGGAAUUGGCGCAAAAGAAACACGACAUUUUGGGCGUGUUAAGAUCGAGCUACAACUCACUACCGACUGACUUGAAACGCUGCUUCAUAUAUUGUUCAAUCUUCCCAAAAAGCUAUAAAAUUGAGAUCGAUAAAUUGAUCCAGUUGUGGAUGGCGCAGGGGAUCAUUAAGUUAAGUGGCCUAAAUCGCGAGUUGGAAGAUACUGGUAUUGAUUAUUUGGGUCGAUUAUGUUCCAUAUUUUUCUUAGAAAAAAUUGAAAAACAACACGGCAAUUUAUCAAAUACCUGUAGAAUGCACGAGAUCAUUCAUGAUCUUGCAGUAUUUAUGGCAAAUGGAGAAUGCUUAAGUACUGCAAAUUAUCAUUCUGGUUCGAUUUUUGAGAGAGUUAAGCAUGUAUCGUUUCUUGAUUGUGAUUGUUCAGGGAAAGAAGGUGUCACAAAAUCGUUGUUUGAACUAGAGAAUCUACGGACGAUUUUAUUUCCAUUUCAAGGAGUGGGAGCCGGUGAUAAUCAGGGCUUUGUUAACAGAUGCAUCUCAAAGUUCAAGUAUCUACACGUUCUCGAUUUCAGCAACUCAUGUUUGAAAGUGUUGCCUGACUCCAUUGGCAAUUUGAAGCAUUUGAGGUUUUUAGACCUCAGUGGAAAUGCAAAUAUCGAGACACUUCCUAAUGCUAUUUGCAGACUUUACAAUUUGCAGACUUUGAGAAUCUGGAAUUGUGUUAAAAUCCGAGAGUUGCCCAAAAAAAUAGGAAACUUGAUCAGUCUCAGGCAUUUGUACUUAACCACACAGCAGAGUUGUUUGCCAGAGAAAGAGAUUCAACAAUUGACCUCUCUCCGAUCCUUUCAUAUUAUAGGCUGUGAAAACCUUACAUAUUUGCCUGAAGAGAUGCAACUCCUCACCGCGCUCACAACAGUGACCAGUGCAGCGUGUCCCAAUUUGACUUCUCUGCCAAAUACCAUGCAGAAGCUAGCCAACUUGAGGAAUUGGGAGAUUAGUAAAUGUCCGAAUCUUAACUUGGCAGGGUGGGAGGACUUUAGAGGCCUUAGGAGGCUUCAAUAA